AUGUGUGGGUGUGAGAAGGUUGUUGCUGGUGGUUGUUUGGUGAUGUUGGUUGCGGUUUAUGGGAGCAGGGGAUUGGUUGGUGAUGGUGGUUCAGGAGUUGGAGAGAAUAUUUCUAUUGUUGCUCCUACUCCACGUAGGUCUGCCAGAAUCAGAAACAAACAGUUUGUUGAGGUUCUGAUAACUGAGAAUUCUGAAAUCUUCUUAUUUGAGAAUGAGGAACCUACAACCUACAUGCAAGCUUUGGCGAGCCCGAACUCAGAUAAAUGGCUUGAGGCCAUGAAGUCCGAAAUGGAAUCGAUGUCUGAAAAAGAAGUUUGGACCCUAGUUGACUUGCCUAAUAGGAUGGAUGUGAAAACCGCCUUCUUGAAUGGGUUCUUGAUAGAGGAAGUGUAUAUGAUACAACCUGAGGUUUUUGAAGAUCCAGAAAGUCCUAGAAAGGUUCUUGAUAGGUAUUCCAUGAAAGACUCUAUGAGAGGAUUUCUCCCCAUGUCUCAUGGCAUUAUGCUUAGUAAAUCUCAAUGCCCUAGCACGCCAAAAGAGAUGAGACGUACUGUUGAUAAACCUUAUGUUUCGGCAAUAGGGUCAAUCAUGUAUGCCAUGAUAUGUACAACGCCGGAUGUUGCAUAUGCUCUGAUGAGCUGGAAGAGUUCGAAGCAAAGCACUGUUGCAGACUCUACAACAAAAUCAGAGUAUUUAGCUGCUGUUGAAGCAGCUAAGGAAGCAAUUUGGAUUAAGAAGUUCCUAACUGAGCUGGAUGUCAUACCAAGUGCUCAAAAUGGAAUCGAGUUAUAA